AUGUACGGUGCGCUGCAGCUUGUGCGCAUGUGCGAGGCGGAGGGCUUAAAGCCCGUGAUCGGCAACGAGAUGUACCUCGUGCACGAAGAAGGGGCCCCAGCCGCUCUGCUGCAGGCCGCGCGGGCCCUCAGGGAGGAGAAGGAGCAAGGAGAGCAGGGGGUGAUGAGGGAGGAGAGUGGGAUGGGAAGUGGGAUAGGAAGUGGGAUGGGAAGUGGGAUGGGAACAGUGGAGAGGGAGGGGGUCGGGGGAGGAGGAGGAGAGGUGGUAUUGGAAAGAGAGGGGGAGGCUGAUGGUGCUGUAAAGGGGAGCGAACAUGGGGAGGGGGAAGUGGGGCGAGUGACAGGAGGGGAGGUGGCGCAGGGGCUGGCCGGGGAGGAGCAGGCAGGGGAGGCGGAGGCUGGUGGGGCGGGCAAGGCGGUUAAAGCACCCCCAAGCCUCUCAAACCUUCUCGCCCCAUUCCUUCCAUCACCUGCUCCUCCCCCUGCUUCCAUCACCUCAGGGCUUCCAUCAGCUCAGGGCGUACCCCUGGUGGCCACUAACGACUCUCACUUCACCUGGGCUGCAGACCACAGGGCGCACAUUCUCCCCAUUCCUCCCCCCCCCUCCCCCCCUUCUCCCCCAUUGCCACACAUGCUCCUUCCCCUCCCUCCACCCCCCCAGGGCGUGCCCCUGGUGGCCACCAACGACUCUCACUUCACCUGGGCUGCAGACCACAGGGCGCACUUUCUCCCCAUUCCUCCCCCCCCCUCCCCCCCUUCUCCCCCAUUGCCACACAUGCUCCUUCCCCUCCCUCCACCCCCCCAGGGCGUGCCCCUGGUGGCCACUAACGACUCUCACUUCACCUGGGCUGCAGACCACAGGGCGCACCAAACUCUCGUCUCUGUCAAGGGCUUCUUUCAAAAGUACUUUUCAGUAUGCGCCAUCCCAAUGCGCACAUCACGUCACAUCAGGGGACAGGAGUACGUCAAGUCGGCAGAGGAAAUGCUGGAGAGUCUGCAGAGGACUCUCCCGGAGGAGGAUGCUUUGGCAGCACUCGAGAACUCCCUGCGCAUUGCUGAUAAGGUGGCCUCCUACUCCUCUGACCUCUUCUCGUCCAAGCCUAAGCUGCCCACCUUCGACGUGCCUCCCGGCCACACGGAUGCUUCAUGGCUUGAGAGUGAGGCGCGGAGGGGGCUGCAGGCAGUGAUGGGCGUGCAGACGUGGGAAGCAGUACCGCAGCAGUACAGGGAGCGAUUGGACCUUGAACUCAGGGUCAUUUGCAACUAUGGCCUCUCCGCCUACUUCCUCAUAGUAGCGGACAUCAUUCAGUUUGCUCGCAGGAACGACAUUCCCGUGGGCCCGGGCAGGGGGUCAGCAGCGGGAUCCUUGGUGGCAUACGCGCUGGAUAUCAUUUACAUUGACCCCAUCGAGCAUGGGCUGUACUUUGAGCGCUUUCUGAGCGAAGAACGGCUGGCUCCUCCUGAUAUUGACUCCGACUUUUGCCCUCUCGGGCGGGAUAAGAUCCUGGCAUAUAUUGCUGAGAAGUACGGCGCGCACAGGGUGGCACAGAUUGCAACCUUCAACCGCAUGGGGUCACGUGCUGUGCUCAAGGACGUGGGGCGCGACAUGCAGAUCCCUUUAAACAUCAUGAACGAGCUCACGAAGCUGGUGAGAGGAGGAGAAUGCGAGGGGGUGCUGUGCUCACGGACGUGGGGUGCGACAUGCAGAUCCCUUGAAACAUCAUGA